ACGCAGUGCAGCAGGGCCGCAGUGCGCAUGCGCAUGCGCGGCCGCCUUACGCGCUGGCAUUCGGCUGCCGGGUGGUGUCUGUAGGGCGGCGCGGCGAGAUGGCGGGGCGGUCUAUGCAAGCAGCAAGAUGUCCUACAGAUGAACUGUCAUUAAGCAAUUGUGCUGUGGUGAAUGAGAAGGACUUCCAGGCUGGCUUGCAUGUAGUUGUGAGGACUUCUCCAAACCACAGAUACAUUUUCACGUUGAGAACCCAUCCGUCUGUUGUUCCAGGCAGCAUUGCGUUCAGCCUGCCCCAGAGAAAAUGGGCCGGCCUCUCCAUUGGACAAGAGAUAGAUGUCUCCUCAUACACUUUCGACAAGACCAAGCAAUGCAUCGGCACUAUGACAAUUGAGAUAGACUUUUUGCAGAAGAAGAGCAUUGAUGCCAACCCGUAUGACACAGACAAGAUGGCAGCUGAAUUCAUUCAGCAGUUCAACAGCCUGGCUUUCUCAGUAGGACAACAGCUUGUAUUCAGUUUCAACGAUAAACUUUUUGGCCUGUUGGUGAAGGAUAUUGAAGGCAUGGAUCCCAGCAUUCUCAAAGGGGAGCCUGGCACAAGCAAGAAACAAAAGAUUGAUGUGGGUCUGGUUGUUGGGAAUAGUCAAGUUGCAUUUGAAAAGGCUGAGAACUCCUCUCUCAAUCUGAUUGGUAAAUCUAAGACCAAGGAGAACCGCCAGUCAAUCAUCAAUCCUGAUUGGAACUUUGAGAAGAUGGGGAUAGGAGGUCUCGACAGAGAAUUUUCAGACAUCUUCCGCCGAGCGUUUGCCUCUCGAGUUUUUCCACCAGAGCUUGUGGAGCAGAUGGGCUGCAAGCACGUGAAAGGCAUCCUGCUAUAUGGACCGCCAGGCUGUGGUAAAACACUGAUGGCUAGACAGAUUGGCAAGAUGCUGAAUGCCAGAGAACCCAAGGUGGUCAACGGUCCAGAAAUCCUCAACAAAUAUGUAGGAGAGUCUGAGGCCAACAUUCGCAAGCUCUUUGCUGAUGCAGAAGAGGAGCAAAGGAGGCUUGGGGCAAACAGUGGUCUCCACAUCAUAAUCUUCGAUGAAAUUGAUGCCAUCUGCAAGCAGAGAGGGAGCAUGAUGGGCAGCACUGGGGUCCACGAUACCGUCGUUAACCAGCUGCUGUCUAAAAUCGAUGGGGUGGAGCAGCUAAAUAACAUCCUGGUCAUUGGAAUGACCAACAGACCAGACCUGAUUGAUGAGGCCCUGUUGCGACCUGGGAGAUUGGAGGUGAAAAUGGAGAUUGGUUUACCAGAUGAGAAGGGCCGACUUCAGAUUCUUCAUAUCCACACAGCCAGGAUGCGGGAACACCAGCUGCUGGCUGAAGAUGUAGAUAUUAAAGAAUUGUCUGUGGAGACCAAAAAUUUCAGUGGUGCUGAAUUAGAGGGUCUGGUGCGAGCGGCACAGUCUACUGCUAUGAACAGACAUAUAAAGGCCACCACCAAAGUGGAAGUGAAUAUGGAGACGGCAGAGUGUCUGCGUGUGACAAGGGGAGACUUCUUAGCCUCUCUGGAGAAUGAUAUCAAGCCGGCAUUUGGAACGAACCAGGAGGAUUAUGCAAGUUACAUCAUGAAUGGCAUUAUCCAGUGGGGAGACCCUGUAACAAGGGUGCUGGAAGAUGGAGAAUUGCUUGUCCAGCAAACCAAAAACAGUGACCGCACUCCGCUAGUUAGCGUUCUUUUAGAAGGUCCUCCACAUAGUGGAAAGACUGCCUUGGCAGCAAAGAUUGCAGAAGAAUCCAACUUUCCAUUUAUUAAGAUCUGUUCUCCUGAUAAGACAAUUGGCUUUUCUGAAACUGCAAAGUGCCAAGCUAUGAAGAAGAUCUUUGAUGAUGCAUACAAGUCCCAGCUCAGCUGUGUAGUAGUCGAUGACAUUGAAAGGCUCCUAGAUUAUGUUCCUAUUGGACCACGAUUCUCCAACUUGGUUUUGCAGGCCCUUCUCGUGUUGCUAAAAAAGACACCUCCUCAGGGUCGCAAGCUUUUAAUCAUUGGAACCACUAGCCGUAAAGAUGUCCUGCAGGAAAUGGAGAUGCUAGAUGCUUUCAGCACCACCAUUCACGUACCCAGUAUUGCGACAGGAGAGCAGCUGAUGGAGGCCUUGGAGCUUCUUGGUAACUUCAAAGAUAACGAGCGUAGCACCAUUGCACAGCACGUCAAAGGGAAGAAAGUGUGGAUCGGAAUCAAGAAGCUGCUGAUGUUGAUCGAGAUGUCACUACAAAUGGAUCCUGAGUAUCGUGUGAGAAAGUUCCUGGCACUCCUAAGAGAAGAAAGGGUUAGUGUGCUCGACUGAGUGGAGAUGGACUAUGUGCAGAGCUCAAUGGCUGGAGAAGUGACCAAGCUGGAGAAUACACUGGGAUCUGUCUUCUUCUGUUCAACACACUGGACAGAGUGAAAUGUUCAUCAUCCUUCAACAUUCCACUUGGAAUUUGCAUGUUUAGCAAAAUAAAAUAUCCGUUCUUUGCUCUUAAAUAUGCUGGUGUCUUGUGGAAUGGUCAGUCUCCUUUAGAAUACCUUGCUUCUGUUUCUGUGCACGCUAAAGUACAUUCUCACUGGUUUAUCAUGGAGGACGUAUCCAACGAAUUUUGAAGCUAACACUUAAUGUCCAGCAUUAAAUUAAUACCACAAUAUGGCACCUUUUCUGUAGAAAAGUUCUACUUCUAACCUACAAUGGUGUAGUCUGCAGGUGUAUUGCAGUGUGUUUGUGAUAUCUUUGUGAUGGUGAUUGCUUUCCUGUACAGGUGUCUGUCGUUAUAUGAUCCAGUAGGAUUGGCUCAGUCUGGCCUGAUAUGAUGUCCUGUAAUGUUGUUUCAGCCAGACUGAUAGCCAGCACUAGCUUUUCUGUGAUGAUUCGAAACACGAGGCAAGGCAGUCGCUGUCUUUGACAGCAAAGCUCAGUAAUAAUGAGGCUACAGCACACUUUGAGAUUCACUCAGUUUGGGACACAGUGGGGCUAACAGCAGUAGUCACUGCAACGGGCAGUGAGUGGCAUUAGGCAGAGGUGGGUUCCUUCCCUAGCCAGAUAGACACACAACAAUCAUUUUUGUAAAGCUUUGACAAUUUUUUUUAGUUUUCUUACUCAAGCAUCUUUGGAUUCAUAAUGUCAAUUGAGAACCUAAAUUUUAUUAAAAGCCAGUGUGGGGGGUAUCGAAGCCAGAACUGGCAUUAACCAGUCUAACUACUUCUGCUUUCCUGAUGAGCUACUAAGGAUUGGACAAAAUGAUCUUUCCUCUCAUCCUUUGAAAGGGUAGGUAUCCGCAUUCUUUUCCUGAGUUCUCCAGGUUCUGCAGGCCCCCUUGUGUUGCCUGGGCAGGCUCAGUUUGCAUUCUUGCACUGUGGUAAAGCAAUGUACCAACCUUUGGCUGCAAAGUACCUGCACGCUACCCAUUUACUGAUCACUGAAUGAGAAUUCUCUUCCCCAGUCAAUGAGCUCAGCCCGUAUUUUAACAAAGCGCACGGAGCAUGCUGCUAUAUUUUCCCCACCCGUGACAGGGUGAGGCAGGCAAACAGCCAUUUGCAGGCUUACUGCCAAAGGCUAGCAACUCAGACACCCCUAGGGGUUUGGGAGCAACCUCCUUCUCUGCGAAUGUCCUUUGGUCUCGUGGUUGAAGGCAAACCGUUCCCUAGACCUUGCUGUGUACUUGAACUUGGUCAUGUGUUUUAGCCAUUUAACUUACCUCCUUGAAUUUUUCUUCUUUUGGUCAGUGCUGCUGUACUGUGAUUUUGUGAGUCCCGGUGGCCAGUAUGCACCCUCCCAUAUUUGUGUAUGAUUUUGCAACUUUCAUUUGUCCCCUUCUUCCCCCCCACCCCAAAUCCUAGCGAACGCAGCACACAAUGUAUUAAUUUAUGUCUCAGAUUAAAUUAUGUAAACAUUUUAUUGUGUUUUUUUGUCCAGAGAGAUAUUGAAAAACAUAAAUAUUAUAUGGUUUAAAUGUAGCUCGUGGAUGCAAUAAAAGGCACCUACUUGGAA